AUGGCAACCCUAAACUCUGUUGGUGCUUGUCGUUCUGGUUUUUCUCUGCUGCUCAGUUCACGAUUGUAUAAGACCUUUGUCCGCCCAAAGUUUGAAUAUGGUUUGGCGAUCUCCACUCUACUGAAACAAGAUAUCAAAGUGCUGGAGUCCAUUCAAGAUAAGUGUCUUCGCAUGAUUGUUGGGGGGCAUGCCACGUCCUCUACAAUUGUGUUAAAGCACAUCUGCAAUCUGCCAAGUAUGAAGUUUCGUGCCGAUGCUCUUAUGGCCAAGUUCUGUAUAAGAUCACGCUUUUUGCCAGCCCAGUGCCUUCUGUCUCUUUUGCACCGUCAUCAUACCGUCUAUUCUUCACUUGUCUCCUUGGGAAAAACCCAUCUUCUGUCCAAUCUCCCUCCAACACUCAAACUUCGAAGCCCUAGUGCUGUAAAAAAUCAUUUUGAAAGCAUUAGAGAAGCUGGAUUUGCAACCUUUCUCCAGUCCAAUACGCAAGUUCUCAUUCAAGCAUGCCGCCCAGUUCUUGGAGUUGAUCCAAUCUUGUUUUUGCCAGCCUCACGUGUGGAACGUAGCCGUUUGAUUCGUUGGAGAAUGGGGUGGUUACCAGGCAAACCAAAGGAAUGUCCUUGUGGAUCAGAUCACACCUCACGCCGCCAUUUGUUGGAUUGCCCACUUGUUCCUAUGGCACUAUUUGAACAGUUGCCUCAACCUGACCAAGAUCAGAUACACAGAAUUGAUUUUGCCAUCACAUCCUUGCCUUUGUCAUCUCAAGAACCGCGACCUGCUUACUGGAUACCACUGCUGACUAUUCUCUGGCACAUAGAUGUUAUAUGUAAUCCUGAUGGUGACUAUUCACAUGAGACUGAACAUGUGUAUCCAUCCAUCAACAUCUUUACGCAAAACGAUCCAUCCAUCACGAAAAACGUACCUCCCAUUGCCAAAAGUAGUGCAGUCCUUGUCCUUGGUAUCCCAGCUGUCAGUAAAAAAAUUUCAGCUCAAUCAGACAACAUCACGCCAUCUGCAUUCUCAAUCCCAAUGGCCAAUUUGCAAAUCGGCAACAUGCAGGGAUUGCCAACUGAGCUUACCUCAUUCCUGACAACAUUGCAGGCAAAAAUCAUGAAUGUGCAAAACAGAACCGACCAGUUGGAGCGACUUGCAGCAGAGAAUGCAAGACUAACUACUGAAUUAGACCAUGCUAGAACAACAAUUGCUAAUCUGCAGAAGCAAUUAGGAUCUCAGAGUGCACCUGAAAAAAACUUUUCAGAAAUUUCACUUUCGAACCCAGCCGGAGCAGUAGGUGCUCCUGACAAAAACAAAGAACCAGGUCUGGAAGCCUCCACUUGGGCUACUAAAGCCAGUGUUUCUCUUUCUGUAACUGCCCCAAAAAUGUCUACUGUUCCCUCUGCUCGCCGUAUUGCAGCUUCUGUUCGUAUGUUUGCUCUUCCCUCUGGUCCUUCAGGUUAUGAAUAUGUCUAUAUUCCAAGAUCAAGACGCCUUAAGCACAAAGAAGUCCGUUCCUCUCUCCGCACUCUUGGUGUGGAUUCUUCUCGACUUUUGGACAUUAACUUCCCAGCCAGAGGUGUCAUUGGCAUCCUUGUUCAUGUCCAGUAUGCUGAUACAUUUAAGGCCAAACUGACAACUGCUUCUGUUGAGAUUUUGGACGCAUUUGAUCCACUUGAUCCUGAUAAUGUUGCUGAUCCCAAGUAUGCAUCUCUGUCCACUCAUGAACUUGCCAACACUGCUGCCAUGCUUCACCAUGAUAGAUGUCUCCAAGCCCUACAGUUCUUGCGCCCACACAUUGCUAUCCCAGUUGGUCACUUCUUUUGUGAGGAAGGGUGGAUCAGUGAAGAUGAAAUACCAACACGUACUACUCUUACCAAUGCUACUGGCGGGUCUUUGUUCAAACCUGGCACCUAUAGGGGCUCUAUGGGUGUUUCUGUUCUCAUAUCACCUCACUGUCCUUAUGCCGUCACUCAAAUACCUAUGCCCUCCAAAUAUGCUCUGGCUGUCAAAAUUGGCUCACUCAGAAUUGUAUGCUUAUAUCUUCCACCAAAUAUGCCCACUCAUGAUGUCCUACAUGUACUCUCUUCCAUUCCUUUAACACAUGAUACCAUUCUUUGUGGUGACUUCAAUGCAAGACUUGGCUCUGUUACUGGUGACUAUGCAUCAAAUUGUCGUGGACUGGCACUAUGUUCUUGGAUAGAAGAGAGAUCUCUAUCAGUUGUAAAUGCAGAUCUUGCACCUUGCAUACCAACAUAUAUUUCUUUCCGCAACAACUAUGAAAUCAGCAGUAUUAUUGACCUCUUUAUAACUAAUAUGCCACUCAUCAAUCCUUCUCUUCAUAUUGCUACUGACUUGUCUCUUGGAUCAGAUCAUCGCCUUUUAUCACUUUCCUUUACCUAUGAUCUACAGCACUCUACCAAUAUGCCACCACCAUUACGCAAGACAUGGAACCUCUCACGCCUCAAUGAACCUGAUGUCCAUGCUCUUUAUGCUCAUACCUUCAAUCAAAACUCGACCUCCCUCCUUUCCACCUUGCAAGACAUUGUACAGAAUCCACCACUCACUAGACCCAACAUUGAUGCUAUCACUGAUGAGUUCAAUUUACUCAUUUAUGACUCAUUAAAUAGCUCAAUUGGACAUCGACCCUCUCGCCCAAAUCAUUGGAAAUCCUUCUGGAAUGUAGCUUUGCAAACAGCAGCAGAUCGUCGUAACCAAUGUUACAAAAAAUGGCGCCUGGCAAUAGGUAUUGACAAAGUUGUUUGGUGGACUAAACACAAGCAUGCACAGGCCGAAUUCCGAUCUCAGGUUCAGCAAGCAAAACGUCAGUCUUGGCAUGUCUUUUGUCAGUCUAUGGAACGUGACUUCAGCAAAGCAACAUCAAAGAUAAAGCAGUUAAAACGCCGUAGACAGCCGCAACAUACUUUCCAGCACGAUGAUGGACCAGCCGUAGCAGCAGCAACAAUGUGUGACUAUUUGGCAACAGUAUAUAGUGGACAUAUACUUCCAGCAACCCGACCACCAGCACCAAUGACCACUUGUAACAGUGUGCCUUUUGCCUCUGAUGACUCUCCCUUUACCUCACCAAUUGUAGAGGAAUUCAUGCAAUUUAUGCCUAACCGCAAGGCACCAGGACCAGACCAUAUCAGAGCUGAAAUGCUAAAACCUAUAAAAACACAUUUUGCUGGCAAUGGUCAUAUGUUCCAAUCCAUUGCCACUCAUAGACGUUCUGGUACACUUGCUACAAUGGCAACCCUAAACUCUGUUGGUGCUUGUCGUUCUGGUUUUUCUCUGCUGCUCAGUUCACGAUUGUAUAAGACCUUUGUCCGCCCAAAGUUUGAAUAUGGUUUGGCAAUCUCCACUCUACUGAAGCAAGAUAUCAAAGUGCUGGAGUCCAUUCAAGAUAAGUGUCUUCGCAUGAUUGUUGGGGGGCAUGCCACGUCCUCUACAAUUGUGUUAAAGCACAUCUGCAAUCUGCCAAGUAUGAAGUUUCGUGCCGAUGCUCUUAUGGCCAAGUUCUGUAUAAGAUCACGCUUUUUGCCAGCCCAGUGCCUUCUGUCUCUUUUGCACCGUCAUCAUACCGUCUAUUCUUCACUUGUCUCCUUGGGAAAAACCCAUCUUCUGUCCAAUCUCCCUCCAACACUCAAACUUCGAAGCCCUAGUGCUGUAAAAAAUCAUUUUGAAAGCAUUAGAGAAGCUGGAUUUGCAACCUUUCUCCAGUCUAAUACGCAAGUUCUCAUUCAAGCAUGCCGCCCAGUUCUUGGAGUUGAUCCAAUCUUGUUUUUGCCAGCCUCACGUGUGGAACGUAGCCGUUUGAUUCGUUGGAGAAUGGGGUGGUUACCAGGCAAACCAAAGGAAUGUCCUUGUGGAUCAGAUCACACCUCACGCCGCCAUUUGUUGGAUUGCCCACUUGUUCCUAUGGCACUAUUUGAACAGUUGCCUCAACCUGACCAAGAUCAGAUACACAGAAUUGAUUUUGCCAUCACAUCCUUGCCUUUGUCAUCUCAAGAACCGCGACCUGCUUACUGGAUACCACUGCUGACUAUUCUCUGGCACAUAGAUGUUAUAUGUAAUCCUGAUGGUGACUAUUCACAUGAGACUGAACAUGGUGCUCUUUGGAUAUAA